AUGAUCAACGCCGGCGACGACCUGACGCCGAACCGAGAAGAUUUCAAGAACACCAGGGCCUCCACCGGCUUCUCCCUCCGGAGUCGUGUCAUCGGGUUCGGCCAAACCAACAGCCCUAGCCGGGACAAAAAUGGUAGGAGUAUAUUCCGCUUAGGCCACCGCAGCAACCUUGAUCGCGAAGACCCCCCGUCCGAGUUUCAGCUCGCCCUAGGCGGCACACGAGAGCCCCCUCAUCACCAUCAUCGUCACCGCAUCGAGCCCUCUCCCUGGGUCCAGAUGCCCGAUGCUGGCGUGGGCGUCAAGUCUCGCCGUCUGAGCGUGAGUUUGCCCGACGACUUCUUCGUCGAAGUAGCCGACCUGCUCUCCGUGUACGAGUAUCAAAACAAGUUCUUCGGUCGCCAUGGCAGGCACCUCGGCAAAGGUGCCACCUCCAAAGUCACCCUCAUGGCCCGUAAGGGCUUUCCCGGCGAGCUCUACGCCGUCAAGGAGUUCCGUCGCAAAUCCAAGGCGGAAACGGUCGACGAGUAUGAGAAGAAGGUCAAGUCCGAGUACAGCAUUGCUAAGAGCUUGCAUCACCCCAACAUCGUCGAGACGGUGCAGCUCUGUACCGACCACGGCCGCUGGAACCACGUCAUGGAAUACUGCAGCGAUGGGGACCUUUACCAGCUCGUCGAGAAGGGUUACUUGAAGGAUUGCGCCCGCCUCCCCGAUCGCCUGUGCCUGUUCAAGCAGGUCGCCCGGGGCGUCAACUACCUGCACCGCAACGGCAUUGCCCACCGCGACAUCAAGCUGGAGAACUGCCUCAUAUCCGCCGGCAGCAAGCUCAAGAUCACCGAUUUCGGCGUCUCCGAGGUCUUCUGCGGCACUCACCCGGGCUUGCGGGAGGCCGGAGGGCAGUGUGGUACGAACAUGAACAACGAGAUCCGACUCUGCGCCCCCGGGAUAUGCGGUAGCGAACCCUACAUCGCCCCGGAAGUGCUCCGCAAGGACCGGCCAUACGACCCUCGCGGCAUGGACGUCUGGGGCACCGCCAUACUCAUGAUCUACCUGACCUUCGGCGCAAACAUCUGGAAAAGGGCAGAGCUCAAGACCGGCUCGCCCAACUACGACCUUCUUGUCACGCAGUGGGAGAAGUGGUACGCCCGGCACUCGGAGCCCGACCCCCGCAUAACCGAAUUGGACUACCCGCACUAUGUACCCUUCGACCAGUGCGUCACCCCGCCCGCCCUGCGCCGGGUCCUCCUGAUGAUGCUCAACCCGGACCCUGCCAAGCGGGCGAGCAUCGCCGACGUCGUCAAUAACCGGUGGGUCAAGAAUAUUGAGUGUUGUCGGUUCGACUCGUAUGACGAGCCGGCCGUGGUCAUCGACGCUUCCAAGAAGGACGCCACCCGCGUCAACGGCCAGAAGAUCUUUUGCCAUAACCACAUGCCGGUUCAGAGCCAAGGCCACUCCUUGGGGAAAAUGCCUGGACAGCCAGGAUAUUAA